AUGAGUAAGAAUGGAGGCAUGGUGGUUCCGAUAAUAACCAAAGUGAACGUAGUCUUGAUCACAGAGUUGAACACGGCCGCAAACACACGGGGAAGAGCAGAGUCGAUCUUGGCCAUAUCCUGGCUAAAUCUGUUGAUGACUCGUCCAAGCGGGGUGGUUUCGAAGAAGGACAUCGGAGAUGCCAAAACAGCACUGGCCAUAUCGUUAUGUAGUUUUUUGGAGGCCCGAAUCGAACACCAGCUCCACAUGGUCAUGGCUCUGAUCAAGCUGGCUGCACCAACAGACUUGCGGGACUGGACUUUCACUAGGUCCGCAGGCUCAACUCCAGCGUACUCGAAUCCUCCUUGCUCGAUAUCCUGCUCUAUUUCAGCCAAAGAUGUCGAAGAGGAUCCAACCAACGGAGUGGAAUCUUGCUCGUCUGAACUUUGGCCGUAUUCGUUAACAAGUUCAAACAACUUGCUCUUGGCUGCUACCACCUGGUCCAGCGAACCGGACUCGGAAAUCUCGUUGUUGGAAAUCAAACAGACCUUCUCUGCUUGA